AUGGCCAAGUCACACCUGCCGCUGUGGCUGCUGCUGUUCCCCAUACUCUGUGGCCCCGGCGCUGCUCUCUGGACCACCUCAUCCCUGGCCUGUGCCCGGGGCCCUGAGUUCUGGUGCCAAAGCCUGGAGCAGGCAUUGCAGUGCAGAGCCCUCGGGCACUGCCUACAGGAAGUCUGGGGACAUGCAGGAGCAGAUGAUUUGUGCCAGGAAUGUGAGAACAUCGUCCGCAUCCUCGCCAAUAUGACCAAGGAGGCCAUUUUCCAGGACACCAUGCGGAAGUUCCUGGAGCAUCAGUGUGACGUCCUGCCCUUGAAGCUGCUCGUGCCCCAGUGCCGCCACCUGCUCGACGUCUACCUCCCAGUGGUCAUCGACUACUUCCAGAGCCAGAUUAACCCAAGGGCCAUCUGUGACCACCUGCGCCUGUGCAAACCCGAGCAUCCAGAGCCAGGGCCGGAGCCAGAGCUGUCGGACCCUCUGCUGGACAAGCUGGUCCUCCCUGUGCUUCCUGGAGCCCUCCAGGCGAGGCCUGGGCCUCAGACACUGGAUCUCUCUGAGCAGCGGCUCCCCAUCCCUCUCCCCUUCUGCUGGCUCUGCAAGACUCUGAUCAAGCGGAUCCAAGCUGUGAUUCCCAAGGGUGUGCUGGCUGUGGCUGUGGCCCAGGUGUGCCACGUGGUACCCCUGGUGGUGGGCGGCAUCUGCCAGUGCCUGGCCGAGCGCUAUACCGUCAUCUUUCUGGAUGCACUGCUGGGCCGCGUGCUGCCCCAGCUGGUCUGCGGCCUUGUCCUCCGGUGCUCCAGCGAUGAAGGCACUGGCCCAGCCCUCGCCACUCUGGGAUCCCUGCCGGGAGAAUGGCUACCACAAGACUCCAAGUGCCGCCUCUGCGUGUUGGUGACCACCCAGGCAGGGAACAGCAGCGAGCAGGCCAUGCCACAGGCAAUGCGCCAGGCCUGCCUCAGCUCCUGGCUGGACAGGCAAAAGUGCGAACAAUUUGUGGAGCAGCACACGCCCCAGCUGCAGGCUCUGGCGUCCAAGGGCUGGGAUGCCCACACCACAUGCCAGGCCCUGGGGGCGUGCGCAACCACGUACAGUCCUCUCCAGUGUGUCCACAGCCCUCACUUCUGAUGGGACCUCAAAGC